AUGGAAGAGAUCGUUACAGAAUGUCCAGUAGCUCCUCAUCCAAAUGAUAAGGAGCAUAACAGUAUUAAGAAUAAAAAGCAUGUGGAAGCAAAGUCGCUUGUGAUGUGGCGUCGGCCAAUUCAAACUUUAAAGUACUCUAUACUUGAAACUUACGAAUUGAUUUUGGCAUUUGUUGUGAAACUGCUAGACCAUCGGCUAUUAGCAGUUCUUCUGAUCUUGGUACUAUUGCACAUCUUGCCAGGCCCCCAAAAAUUAUAUAUUCGGAUGGUUGAGCUGCAGUUGGGAUUUAUCGCAUACUGGCUGAUAUUAGGAGUACUGUCGGCAAUUGGGUUUGGCACCGGCUUGCACACAUUUUUGCUCUAUUUGGGGCCACACAUAGCAGGUGUAACUUUGGCUGCAUAUGAGUGCCAGACGUUAAACUUUCCAGCACCUCCCUAUCCUGAAAACAAAAUUUGUCCAGAUGAGCCAUAUAAGAGAUUGACGCCGACUAUUUGGGGCAUAUUGUAUAAGGUACGAUUCGAGGCACUGGUAUGGGGCCUAGGGACUUCACUGGGUGAAAUUCCACCUUAUUAUAUGACCAGAGCAGCACGACUAUGUCAACGUGACGAGUCGGAAGAGCUUAAAACAGAAAACUGUGCUAUUUUCGAAAAAACUAAACUGCUAAUGGAGUGCGUGGUGCAGCGUUUGGGGUUCUUUGGGAUAUUGGCCUGUGCAAGUGUGCCAAAUCCAUUCUUCGAUCUAGCUGGUGUAGCCUGCGGCCACUUUCAAGUUCCUUUCUGGAAGUUUUUUGGUGCCAUCAUUAUUGGUAAAGCUAUCUUCAAAAACUAUAUUCAACAAAUUUUUGUAAUUGUUACAUUCAAUGAGCAAUUGGUAGGGCAUUUGCUGGAUUUGCUGGAAAAGGUCCCGCUUUUGGGCAUAUAUUUCCAGAUGGCUCUCAAGAACAUGCUUAUAUCUACGAAACAGCAAAUGCAUCGUAAAAGCAAAGGAAAUACAGCACCAAAAACUUGUGUGGUGGCCAGGGCUUUUGAAUUCUGCGCCUACAUUAUGCUGAGUUAUUUUGCUAUUUCAAUUGUUCAUUUCUUGGCUCAGCGAUAUUUCAAUCGCCUGCAGGCCUUCGAACACAGAAAGCGAAAUAGCGAUGAAAUAGAUGUGUCGCCACCACAGGAGAUCCAAAACUCUUCAAAUAUGGGUAUUUCUGUUUAA